UCCCAGUCAACGGGAGGACCCAAUCAACGUCGAGAGCGUGAGCCCCACCUAUCUUAGGUCCCUGCGGCGGCCGUAGUACGUCAGAGCUGCUGGUUGGCUCCGAUGUAGGGGCGCGGGGAUCCGCAGGGCCUGAGGCCGGGUCCCAACCUGGCUUUCCGGGAUGUCGGUGGCCUUCGUACCGGACUGGCUGAAAGGCAAGGCGGAAGUCAAUCAGGAGACGAUCCAGCGGCUCUUGGAGGAGAAUGACCAGCUCAUCCGCUGUAUUGUGGAGUAUCAGAACAAAGGCCGGGCGAAUGAGUGCGUCCAAUACCAGCAUGUGUUACACAGAAAUCUCAUUUAUUUGGCUACCAUCGCAGAUGCCAACCCAACCAGUGCUUCAAAAGCAAUGGAAUAAUCUUUCAGUUGUCUGUCAUGAGGAGUAAUUGAGGAUAAUCCAUGUCCUAUGAAGUAAAGACAGGAUCUUUACCAACUCAACUGCUUAAAACACGGAUGAACCCUUGUGCCUCUUUUAAUAAUGUGAAAAUGUGAAGAAAGCUACUAAUGAACUGUAUUCUCAGUGUAAAUAUUUAUUUUAAUAAUUAAGCAGAUUAAGUUGA